AUCCAACGUUUAUAUUUUUCGUAAUAUCCGGUGUGAACGUCAGACAUCCUGUCUUCUUCCUACGAGUAGCGAUAGCACAACAAUGGCGUCCUGUAGUGAGGAGUCUGUUACAGCCGCUGGAGAAGAACAGACGGACGCUCUUCCGUCCCAGAAGAGAGAAGCGAGACUACGAAAAUUUCGAGAGUUACAUUUCAAACGGAAUGAAGCCCGCAAGCUCAAUCACCAGGAGGUUGUGGAGGAGGACAAGAGACUGAAACUCCCCGCUAACUGGGAGGCUAAGAAAGCCCGGCUGGAGUGGGAGCUCACAGAAGAUCAAAAGAAAAAGGAAUGUGCUGCCAGAGGGGAGGACUAUGACAGAGUGAAACUACUGGAAAUCACUGCUGAUGAUGCAGAGCGGUGGGAGAGGAAGAAGAAGAAGAAGAACCCAGACACAGGAUUUGCAGGUUAUGCCGAGGCCCAAUUCCGACAGUACCAGCGACUCACCAAGCAAAUGAGACCAGACCUGGAAAGCUACGAGAAACAGAGGGAGGAAUAUGGUGAGGACUUCCACCCCACAUCCAAUAGCCUGAUCCACGGCACCCAUGUCCCCACAAAGGACGGCAUUGACCGCAUGGUGGAAGAUGUUGAGAAACAGAUCGAGAAGCGGGCCAAGUACAGCCGACGCAGGGCCUACAACGACGACGCGGACAUCGACUACAUUAACGAGAGGAACGCCAAGUUCAACAAGAAGGCGGAGCGUUUCUACGGCAAAUACACAGCAGAGAUCAAACAAAACUUGGAGAGAGGCACGGCUGUCUAGUGGGUCCAGUCUCCUCAGUGGACGUGUUCACUGCUUGUUUUCUCUUCAUUUAGGAGAUGUGGAUGCAAUUCACAGUUCUUGCAGAAAAACAAGAAUACAAAAUUUGUAUUAAAAAGCUAAAAUGGACUUUGUACUGUCAGGUGUGUUUUUUUUUUUUUUUUUUUUUUUCUCCAUCCUAAAGAUAAUUCAAUUAUUUGUAAGAUGUGUAAUGUGUGGUGUUCUUUGUACAGCAUUAGAAGUUAUGAUUAUACUUCUUUAUUUUUAAAUAAACGACUUCCAAUUAUCCGGC